AUGGCUGACCUCUCAACAUGUCUCCCCUUGACCAGGGAGAGCGCUAUCGAAGCUCACAAGGUCAUAAAGCCGCUGAUUCAUCUCACGCCCGUCAUGAGCAGCGCCACCCUGAACAAGAUGGCCUCGACCCCGAAGGCUGGCGGAGUCAACCCUGCAAAACCAGUCAUAAGGCUCUGGUUCAAGUGCGAAAACUUACAGCGCAUUGGAGCAUUCAAGGCUCGCGGAGCCUUCUAUGCCAUCGAGAAAUUGAAACAAGAUCCGACUUGGCUCGAGGGUGGAGGAAUGCAGAACGGUGUUGUUGGUUUUAGUUCCGGCAACCAUGCCCAAGCACUUGCGCUCGCGGCCAGAGAGAGCGGAAUACCUGCAUAUAUCGUGAUGCCCGACAUUGUGCGACCAAACAAAAUUGAAGCUACCAAGGGAUAUGGAGCUGAGGUAGUCCUUUGCGGGCGCUUCGAGCGAGAAAUUGCUGCGUCUAGGAUUGUAGCCGAGAAAGGUGCACGCCUCGUGCCGCCGUUCGAUCACCCAGACAUUAUCCUUGGUCAAGCCAGCGUUGGCCUAGAGUUGCAGGAACAGGUCAAGGUAGAUGCUAUCAUUGCACCAUGCAGUGGCGGAGGUCUAUUAUCAGGGGUCGCGCUCAGCUGCGAAGGGACUGGCAUUCGCGUCUUCGGAGCCGAACCAGAGUUUGAAGGGGCAGAUGAUGUCCGACGUGGCUUCUUGGCCGGCAAGAGGAUUACUGAGGUGAAAACAAGCACCAUCGCCGACGGACUGAUGGGCACGGUUGGCGUCCAUACUUGGGGUGUUAUUUAUGAGCGCAAGCUUGUUUCGGCAAUGUAUGCAGUCACAGAGGAGGAAAUUCUUGAGGCGACGAGGCUGAUAAUGGAAAGAAUGAAGCUGGUUGUUGAGCCUAGCGCAGCUGUUCCGCUGGCUGUCGCGCUUUAUAACGAGGAGUUUAGAAGGAUGGUCGAAGAGGAGGCAGGCGAUGCGGGAUGGGAUAUUGGUCUCGUUCUGAGUGGAGGAAAUGUGAGCAUCGAGGGACUCGCGAAUCUCUUUGCUGCAAAAUAA